ACCACAUCAUCUAUCUAUCAGAUUAUAAAUAGAGGUAGUGCCUCAAGCAUCCAUUAGCAUAGGUCACAACCAGAAUAUUUUUCAAGUAUGGCUGAAAUGUUAGACUAUAUCAGACUUUUAUUCGUUUGGCUACUCUCUACCAUUGCAAUUCAAGCCAUACUAACUAGAAAGAAGAACAAAAAUCAUCCUAGUACUCCCCCCACCCCUCCUGCUCUGCCUAUCAUAGGACAUUUUCACCUUAUAGCUAAGUUACCUCCCCAUCAAAGUUUUCAUAAGCUUUCAAUUCGUUAUGGACCCAUAAUGCAACUUUUCAUUGGAUCUAUACCUUGUGUAGUAAUUUCCAGUCCAGACAUUGUCAAGGAGUUUCUUAAAACUCACGAAUCUUACUUCUCGAAUCGCUUUAUAAGUUCAGUUAUUCACAACUUAACAUAUGGCUCAAAGGAUUUCAUAUUUGCGCCUUAUGGUGAAUACUGGAAGUUCAUAAAAAAGAUAUGUAUGUCUGAGCUUCUUGGCGGCAGAACCCUCGACAAGUUUCUUCCUUUGAGGCAAAAAGAAACUAUGAGGUUUCUUAGACUUUUGCAGACAAAAGGGGAAGCUCGCGAGGCUGUUAAUGUUGGCGGCGAGCUCUUGAAUCUCACGAAUAGAAUCAUCACAACUAUGGCAAUGAGUAAAACAUGUGCUGAAAACGAUAGCGAUGUGGAAGACAUUAGGAAGAUGGUGCAAGAUAGUGUAGAGCUUUCAGGGAGGUUUAAUUUGUCGGAUUUUAUUUGGUUUUUUAAGAAUUGGGAUAUGCAAGGAUUUAACAAAAGGCUUAAAGUGGUUAUGGAGAGGUUUGACACAUUGAUGGAGAGGGUGAUAAGGGAGCAUCAAGUGGAAAUGAAGAAAAGGAAAGAAAAGGGUGAAGGUGAUCAUGUUAGGGAUCUACUUGAUAUUUUGUUAGAAAUGCAUGAGAAUGAGAACACAGAAAUAAAAUUGACAAGAGAGAAUGUCAAAGCUUUAAUCUUGGAUAUAUUCAUGGCAGGAACUGAAACAUCUGCGACAACGAUCGAAUGGGCUCUAGCUGAGUUAAUAAACAACCCACAUGUGAUGGAGAAAGCACGGAAAGAGAUUGAUUCACAAAUAGGGAGGAGUAGAUUAAUUCAAGAGUCCGAUCUUCCCAAUCUUCCGUAUUUGCGAGCUACACUCAAAGAAACACUAAGACUUCACCCUACCGUACCAGUAGUGGUGAGAGAAUCAUCUGAGAAUUGUAAUGUUUGCGGGUUUGAGAUUCCAGCGAAGACUAUUUUAUUUAGUAAUUUGUGGUCCAUGGGAAGGGACCCAAAAUUGUGGGAGAAUCCAUAUGAGUUUAAACCAGAGAGGUUUAUGAGUGAAGAGAAUAAGUUUGAUGUGAGGGGACAAAAUUUCCAAUUUAUGCCAUUUGGAACUGGAAGGAGGUCUUGCCCUGGUGCUUCAUUAGCACUUCAGGCUGUUCCGACAAAUCUUGCCGCAAUGAUUCAGUGUUUUGAAUGGAAGGUUGGUGGUAAUGGAAAAGUUAACAUGGAUGAGAAAGCGGCCACGAGCCUUCCAAGGGCUCAUCCUUUGAUUUGUGUCCCGAUUCCUCGCUUUAAUUGUUUUCCUUUUGGUGAGUAGAUUAUGGAUAAAAAUGGUACCAUAUUUAGCUUUGAAAGUCAUCAUCUUGUUCCUGUGUAUUGAUAAGUUUGCACUCUUGAAUAUAUUUGUUGUAAACCAUUGUGUCUGUUUUCCUUUACAAGAUCAAUGAUAUUUCAGAAAGAAUUAUCGAGAGAAAA